UUCACCAUGAGGGGAAUCGUCCUUGCUCUUCUGCUCACCCUUGCGGGGAGCCAAAAAUUUCCAAAUAGAGGCCAGAAGUCCCAAAACAAAGGUCAAAUUCCAGAAAAUGGACUCAUCACCUCCAAAGUCAGGAUAGAUUUCCCAGAAGGGGUACCACAUUACUACAAAUAUGUGAGCGAAAUCAUGAGUACAGCUGAAGGAGACGGUCUGGGACGAUCGGUUCUAAAGAUGACAGCUGACGUAUCUGUCUUGGCAAAUGGUCGGGAUAAGAUUUUCUCGAUGUUGAAUCUUAGAAUGGGAGAAGCUGUUGGAGUCCCUGACCAGUCCGGAGAUCACUUUGCUGAGCAAAAGGGCCAAUUUGUCGAGCCUCCCAAGCAAGAUUACAGACUGGCUGACUGUGACCUGCAUAACUACCGUGCUGUUUACAACAAUGGAAGAUUUGAUGAGAUCCGUGUGCCAAAAGAGGCCCCUGUUGAAUGUGUGAAUCAUAUGAGAGCAAUCAUGAACUUGAUGAUUGCAAACAUAAAGGAUCAGAAUGAAUUUCAGCUGAAAGAGGAUGGCAUUGCAGGUGAGUGCCUGACGAGGUAUUUCAUCACAGAUGACAGGAAUAAGUGCUCCACGAUCACCAAGACCAAGGACUACAGCAACUGCGAUAAUAAAGUCCAGCGGACCAUUGGAAUGUCUUACUUCCACCUAUAUCCAAAAUGCCCACUGAAAAACACAAUGGUUCAAGGGACUUCAGCCUUGGUCAUGAAGCUGAAAUGUAAUGGUCCUAUAAGCACGAUUUCUCAAGUUGAGUCUGAGGAUGUAUACCGAGUUUCUCCAUUCAGUGAAGCCGAUGGUGCUGGAGUAAUAGUAGCCAGGCAAAAAUUGUACUUGGUUAAUAAUGUGCCUGAUAAACAUACCCCACCACAAACUCAGGCACAGGAAGGUGUUCAAGAGAAGAUUGUAAGCAUUCAUUAUGAAUUCCCAGAAUAUUUGCCUGAGAUGAUGAACAUUAAAGAUGCUAAGAAACAGGCUGAGGAAAUUCUGAAGGAGGCCGAUCGCUGGGAAAACAUCCCUCUAGAGGCUCUCCCCAAGUACAUAGACCUUAGCCAACUGUGCCGUCGUUUYACUGUAGAGGAGAUGAAUGUCCUUUUCAAGACAGUUGAGCACAAACCCAAASCCAGACAUCUCCUGCUGAGUUCAAUCUUAUAUGCAGGCCGUCUUGACCCCAUGAAGUUUCUCAAAGAAAAACUGAUCAAAGGCGAACUGCAGAAAAUGGAACUUUAUUGGCUCCUUCCCAUAAUGUUCCACACUGCCAGCCCGGAUGUUGCUAGAAUAGAGGACACAGCUCACCUAGCAGCCGAAAUUCUCAACCAUGUUCAUAGUACUGGGCCAUUAGUGCUUGAGAAGCUUGUCAUCCUGGCAUAUGGAGCUCUAGUCUCCAGACAAUGUCCUCUGGGUCAAAAUUGUCCCAACAAAUUGCUUGAGCCCAUCCACAACCUCCUCACUGAGGCAGUCACGCACCACGAUGAAAAACGCAUAAUAUUGGCUUUGAAGUCUAUUGGCAAUGCUGCUCAGCCAGCCAGCUUGAAAUUAGUGAGACCCUUGGCCGAGACUGAUAAAUACACCAAAUUUGUCCAGGCUAUUGCUAUCCGAGCAUUGAUGAAAAUCGGCAAACGGGACUCUACAAGGGUUCAAGGCAUUCUCGCCCAGAUCUAUAUGAACUCUUCUACUCCUAUUCAAGCUCGAAUUGUGGCUUGCAUGGCCAUCUUUGAAACAUACCCAACUCUCCCAAUUAUCACAGCUGUCGCUAAGGUUGCAUUCAGAGAGAAGGAUUCACUGCUUUUCCCCUUUGUCUACUCUCAGCUGAAGGCUUGCUCCAAACUCAGGCUCCCAAUGUACUACAACCUGUCUUCUUAUUGCCAUGUGGCCUUGAAACUUAUGAAUACUUGGUUUGUCGAAACGCAUAGAAAUUACAGCCACGUUGUUUAUCUGAACAUGUUCAAUCCUGUCCACAGAAUUGGCGGCAUUUUGAAAGUUAUUACGAUUGACCACCCCAAUGGACCAUUCCCCUCAAAUUUCAUCUUAAGCUCAGAAGUAGCUUUCUCUGGCGUAGUUGUUCAGCCAGUUGAGUUUACAGUGCAAGCUAACGGCAUAAAGGAAUGGUGGGCAAACCUCAAUCGGCCAACUGAGCAAACCUUUAGCCAUCAGAAGGUUAAAGAUACAGAAAGACAGCUGCCAGGAUUCAAAGACUUAGCCCUUGAGAAUACUUUGCUUGGUAGUUCACUCUCCUUUAUGGGCAAAGAAAUCAUGUAUUUGACCAAUCAAGAUGCAAUACUACUUGGGAAGUUAGAGGAAGGAAGACUUGGGCCUCAAGCCAUUGGAAUGAUUUAUGAGCUCAUCAAAAAUGUUAAUGAGCGAUGGAUGGUACCUCUGAUUCUGGAGGUUCGAUACAUGAUUCCUGCUGCCAGCCAAGUGCUUGAUGUUAGCGCCACUGGCAUUGUUAUACCAUAUACUACAUUUAAGGGAAAAGAAUUGGAAAAUGAAGCAGAUCAGAAGAAGACUCAUAAUAUCCAAAAGGGACUUCAUCUUGAGAGCUCAUCUGGUCUCCUAGGAUUUGGAAAGUUUAUGUGGGGAGUGAACAGAGAACAAUCCAAACAUGUUGUGGAAAUGAAGGGUGAAUUCAAGAUACAAACCUCCUUGAAAAUGAAUGUCACAUUGGAAGCUGAGAAGUUGGAAUUUGAAAUGGAUCCAGUCCAUAAGGAAUAUGAGCUGGCAGUGGCAAGCCAUGAAGCACAUGUUGUUGCAAGGCAUCUGGAUUAUGAGAAGAAAGCUCGAGUCCUUCCCAGAAGACCUGUUGGGGAUAUCUUGAAUGAAGAGUUCCAGUCAAGGAAAAGCGGCAUUAAACAAUCAAGGCCAUCCUACAAAAAAGACACUAGAGAUUGGUGUGCUGCACUAUCCUUGGUCCAGACGAGGAUCUGCUGGGAGACUGUGGAGAAAACAGAUGAUGUUGUGCCCCUCCAGAACACAUGGGUGCACUUCUUAUGUGGAAGACAUACAGUCAGGCUUGUGCUGACACCAGUUGUUGCUAUGGAGAAGAUCAAAGGAGAAAUCCAACUUGGUCUUGGGCAAUCCAGGAUGAAAAGAGAGGUCAAACAGUAUGGAGGAAAGGAUGAGUGCCGAAAUUUUGCAUUUCCCCCUGAGGGCGAGAACGCUGCAUGCACACUUGAGAGUGCCCCCGUUUGUGGCAGUGAUGGCAACACCUAUGGUAACAAAUGUCUCUUCUGUAUUGCCAAAAGGGACAGCGGAAACACAAUCACAAUAGUCCAUGAAGGUCCAUGUGAGCAAAAGGGUGGAAGCAAAAAUACAAAGAAACCUUCCAAGCAAAUCACAGAUUUCUCUACCAGCUCUUCCUCUUCUAGCUCCUCCUCUUCUGAACCUCCAACGAAACAAAAGCCAGAUAGAAAGCGAGAUGAUAGCAGCAGUGACAGCAGUGACACUAGCAGCAGUGACACUAGCAGCAGUGACACCAGCAGCAGCAGCAGUGACAGCAAGGAGACACGUCACCGUGGAGGCAAGCGCUCCCACCGCCACAGAUCCAGAGACAGUUCGAGCAGCAGCAGUGAUAGCAGCAGCAGCGACAGCAGUAGCAGUAGUGACAAGAGCAGCAGCAGCAGUGACAGCAGUAGUAGCAGCAGCAGCAGUGACAGCAGUAGCAGUAGCAGCAGCAGCAGCAGUGACAGCAGCAGUGACAGCAGCAGCAGCAGUAGCAGCAGUGACAGCAGUAGCAGCAGCAGUAGUAGCAGCAGUAGCAGCAGCAGUGACAGCAGUGAUAGCAGCAGCAGCAGUAGCAGCAGUGAAAGCAGUGACAGCAGUAGCAGCAGCAGUAGCAGUGACAGCAGUGACAGCAGUAGCAGCAGCAGUAGCAGUGACAGCAGCAGCAGCGACAGCAGCAGCAGCAGUGACAGCAGCAGUAGCGACAGCAGCAGCAGCAGCGACAGCAGCAGCAGCAGCGACAGCAGCAGCAGCAGCAGUAGUAGCAGUAGCAGCAGUAGCAGUGACAGCAGCAGCGAUAGCAGUGACAGUAGCAGUAGCAGCGAUAGCAGUGACAGUAGCAGUAGCAGUGACAGCAGUGACAGCAGUGAUAGCAGUAGCAGCAGUGACAGUAGCAGCAGUAGCAGCAGUAGCAGCAGUGACAGCAGUGACAGCAGUAGCAGCAGUAGCAGCAGCAGUAGCAGCAGUAGCAGCAGUGACAGCAGCAGUAGCAGCAGCAGCAGUGACAGUAGCAGCAGCAGCAGUGAAAGUUCUCAGAUUUCCAAAAAGGGAGAUCGAAAAGAGAUUUACCGGUUCAGUUUCAGAUCAGUCAAACAGCAGUGGACCAAGGAAACUGAUCGCAAACAGAGGCCAAGGAGCAGCAGCAGCAGCAGCUCCUCUACUGCAACUUCUAGCUCCAGCAGUGAGGAAGAUAGAAAUAUUCCGGGAAAAGGGACGGAAGUUAUCAAAAUUCGUAUUCGCCUCAUCCGUCAUGAUGCCAAGCCGGAUGGAUCUGACAUUGUGGUAUAUAAAGCUCCCAACUGGCUAAGAUUGAUUGCGACAAACAUUACACUGCCAGGCAAGCCAUUUAUCUGCUGGGACUCUGGAAUGGUCAACCCUUACAAAGCCAAGUCAUCUUUGAAGGCAGGCCAGGAUUGCAAGGAAUACGAGGUCACAACUGAAGUGGAGACCGGUUGGUUGGCUGAUCAUCCAGCAAUUCGUUGGACACUUGAGUACCCCAGGAUCCCUUCCACGGUGUCUGACAUUUUUAAACCGUACUAUGAACUAAUCCCUGGAAUGGCAUUCAUGCUGGGACAUUCACAUAGAAUUGAAAAAAACCCCUCUCGAGAAUUUUCAAUGGUUCUGGCUCUUACCACUCCACGCAGCUACGCCAUGGUCACGAGGAUGGAAGGGAAUACUCUCUAUAAAGAGGACCUCAUGCUUCCAUUUGAAGUGUCGCUCGAUUCUAUCAAAACUUCCAAAAUCAUUGAUGUUCCAUCAAGAGUCCUUGCCAGUCUGAAUGGUAUGUGUAAAGUAAGCGGUCGGACAAUCCAAACUUUCCAUGGACGAAUCAUCAGCAAAGGAUUGGUUCCCAGCUGUUUCCUGGACUUGUUACAAGACUGUACCUGCCACAAGAAUUUUAUGGUGCUGAUUAAAUAUGAACCUGAUAACAAUAUACUGGUCAAUGCCACCAUGGGCUACACGGAGAUUGUCUUCAAGAUUCGUGAUGGAAAACCUUUGUUAGUAAUGAAUGGGACCACCAUACAGAGCAAUGAGCCUUCCUUACGCAAUCUCAGAGAAACAAAUGGUAUCAUUGUUACAGUAGGAGACAAAGAGAUUACUCUGCAGAUGGAGAAGUAUGGAUUGGAGCGACUGGUCUAUAAUGGACGUGAAGUCACGGUUGUGGUGACUCCUAAGAUUGGAUUGACCUGUGGUCUCUGUGAAUCUAACAGUGGAUAUUCAGGACCUCUCAGAACCCCAAGUGGCUACUUGGCCAAAGAUCUUGUCAGUUUUGCCCAGUCCUGGGUUGUUCCUGAUGCCUUAGGUGGAACCUGCAAGCUGCAGCACUCAACAGUGACACAUGAGAAUCCAGUGCUGGCUACAGAAGAAAAUUCCCAGUGUGUUUCCAACCAUCCCGUUCUGCAAUGCCAAGAAGGGUGCUCACCCACUGAAACUAGUGAGAUUUCUGCCGGUUUCCACUGUGUGUCAGCUGGGACAACUUUGCCUACUGAAAUGUCAAAACUUGUUGAAAAACCUGAAGACUUUGUAGACACUGUUCGAUCCCAUGUGGCCUGCUCUUGUGAUCAGUGAAGCAUGUAUUUACUGCCAAUUCUCAUCUGAAGUUUAACCUGGAAUAUUGUUUUAUGUGUGGCCCAGUUGGUCAUUCCUAGGCAACUGCACAUAUGUUAAUUUAAGUAUUGCAAAAGUCCCACGAAACCCAAAGAAAUGUGUCCAAUCCCUAUCCAAGCAAAGGGAUCCAUGAAUGAAACUGAUAAUUUUCUAAUAAACCCUUGCAUUUAAAAAGAA